AGCACGACCGACCCACCCUGGCUCAGGGACUAAAGGCGUGCUAAUUAUCUAUCUUGGUCUCCAAACACCUGUGUGUGAAUGGAAGGACGCCGCAAGCGGGUCGUCACUGAAAACAAAUAUUGUUGGCUGCAACUGCGUUAAAACAGUGUACAUGCCCCUAAUCCAUCGCACCAUGGCAGACACUGAUCUUGACUUCACCACCGGAGAGUCUGGCGCCUCCGCCACCAUUCCUAUGCAGUGCUCUGCCCUGCGAAAGAACGGCUAUGUGGUGUUGAAGGGACGCCCUUGCAAGAUCGUGGAAAUGUCCACCUCCAAGACAGGAAAGCACGGACAUGCCAAGGUUAACAUGGUGGGCAUUGACAUCUUCACCAACAAGAAGUACGAGGACAUGUGCCCCUCCACCCACAACAUGGACGUACCCCACAUCAAGAGGAAUGAGUUCCAGCUGUUGAACAUCACUGAUGGGUUCAUGUCCCUCAUGGGUGACAAUGGAGACGUGAGGGAGGACCUGCGCGUGCCUGAUUCAGACCUGGGCAAGGAGAUCGAGCAGAAGUUUGCAGCUUCAGAGGAUAUCCUGGUCUCUGUGCUGUCUGCUAUGGGGGAGGAGUGUGCUGUGGCCAUUAAGCAGAUGACCGGUGGCAAAUAGAAAGACAGGACUGACCUGCCCAGGCAACAAACUCCACCCACAACCAGUCUCUAGUAUUCUUAUUGGUUCUUCUGUCACCAAAGCGACGGCCUUCACAGACAACCUCAAUCAUUCUGUUGUGAUUACUCCUUUGUUUUUUUUCCCCUCUCGUUUUUUGGUUUCUCUCUCUCCGACGCUGUCGGACUGUCCCAGCAUUACUGCGGCACGCUCGCUGUGUUGGCUAGCAUUCUGCCGGAUCACUGAGGUUUUGUUUAGUUCUACAUAAUCUACUAUAUAAAGAAAAGUACUUAUUGGUGAAAUAUAGAUUCUUUUUUUUGA